AUGGGUUAUACUUUUGACUAGGAGAUCAAAUGUCUUUAUGAACGCGGACUGUUCAGCGCUGGUCAGCUGAUGGACGGGAAGAACAAAGAUGAAUACCAUGUGAAAGAUAUUCGCUCAGAUCAGAUAUACUGGUUUGAUGGUGCCGAUCCACGUGCUAGUGAUGCUGCUACUGUUCGUUUGCUUUUGUCCAUGAUCGAUAGCGUCAUUCAGCAUUUCAAAGGUCGACUUCCACCAUAUGACAUCAGUGGACGGUCAAGAGUGGGUGUUUAUUUUUAA